AUGACGGACAUUGUGCCGAUUUCGCUGCAGUGCUACAUGGGGCGCUUCGAACUGCCGGUGGACAGGCGUCUGACUGUUCGAGAAUCCCUGCGGCACUUCCAGCGGAGUGUCCCAGCGCUGGGCCAAGUGGAGAUGGGCGCCUACGUGGUGAACCACCGCGGGAAGUUUCUGCUCGAUGAGAGCGCCCCGCUGAAAGACGUCAACGUUGGGGAGGACAGCGUCCUGAUACUCGUGAAGAAGAGCAACUGCCCCGCAGCGGACGUCAACAAGGGGGAGGAGGAUGAGUGA